UCCGCGCCUCGUGCGUUCGCUGCGAUUCCGCCGUGGAGGACAUCGAGCAUGGGACACCUUGCAGGUUUAUUAUUUGUACUCACGCCUUUAAGCUGGUGUCCAACUUGGGUUUCAGGUGCUGCGGUUCAUUCGGUGCCCGCCUGCCACCAGCAGCAGGAGUUCAGGUGCAGCGAUGGUUCGUGCAUCCCGAGACCGAGGUUGUGUGACGGGCACAUCGACUGUGAGGACGGAUCGGAUGAACAUCGCUGUGGUCACCUUUCGUGUAAGCAGGAUGAGUUUGCCUGCCGCAGCGGGCGGUGCAUAGCUCCACUCAUCCGCUGCAAUGGGGUGGACGACUGCGGCGACUGGAGUGACGAGGCCUCCUGCCCGAACUGCAGCGCCCCCGACUCCUUCUCCUGCGGGCCGUCCGACGUCUGCCUGCCCAGCAACAAGCUGUGCGAUGGGCGGACCGACUGCAGGGACGGACGGGACGAGGCUCGACCGGCGUGUGGUCCGUCUCCACCCCGCCCGCAGACGUCUCCGACGUGCACGCCGUCCGAGUUUCACUGUGGAGACGGGCGCUGCAUCCGCCAAACCUGGAGGUGUGACCACUCACCAGACUGCUCUGAUGGCAGCGACGAGGACGACUGUGAUCAGAACGAGUGCCAGGUUAAUAAUGGCGGCUGUUCUCAUCGGUGUGUGGACCAGCCGCUGGGUUUCCACUGCGACUGCCCCAGCAGCAUGAGGCUGGUCGGGGACAGCCAGUGUGAGGAGGUCGACCCGUGCCUGGCGAGCGACAUCUGCGACCAGCUGUGUGUCCACAACAACGGCAGCCUCCCCUGUGACUGCACUGAGGACUAUCAGAUGGAUCUGACAACCGCGGAGUGCAAGGCCAAAGGGGAAGCGGCUCAGCUUGUUUUCACCUCUUCUAAAGGAGUACAAUUGAUAAGCAUCACAGGCUCUGGGUACAGGGAACCAGCUCCACAUUUACUGGGACCCGGGCCAGUGGCGGCUUUGGCCUCUAACCGAACACUGUACUGGGCCAGACAAGGACAAAGUUCUCUAUACAGAGUCUCAGUGGAUGGUAAGACCGAGGAUUCGGUGUUCGUGCUGAAAUUUCAAGGUUCAGUUUCGGGCCUGGCCGUGGACUGGAUCCACCAGCUCCUCUACUGGACCAGUAUGGAGACUGGAUCUGUUAACGUUGCCCUGCUGGCUGGUUCUGCUCAGCGUCCGCUCAUCACAGGACUGGACAAACCCUGCGCGGUGGCUGUGCAUCCUCUCAAAGGGCUGCUCUUCUGGGCUCAGUGUGGCAGCUCCCCGAGGAUUGAGAGGUCAAGCUUGGACGGAAAUGACAGGAUGUCUGUCGUUGUUUUGUCAUUACGCCAGCCUGUCGCUCUCUCUCUGGACAUGCCUCGUCAGCUGCUGUACUGGGUCGACCGGGGAAUGAGAAGCAUCUCCAGAGUAAAUCUAGAAGGCCAUCAUCGCAAAACAGUGGUAGAGUCCAAUGGUUAUCUGGACCGGCCGUUCGGACUGGCUGUGUUUGAGGGUUUUGUAUAUUGGAGCGAGGAAGUGACUCGCUCCAUCUGCCGAGCCAGCAAACACAACGGCGGCAACCUCCAAGUGCUACUUUCAAACAUCACCUCACCGGGCGGGGUGCUCGUCAUUCAGCCCGUUCUCCAGCCAAAAGGACCUCCAUCUGAAUGCGGACUAACAGCCACGGUGUGUGCGCAUGGGUGUGCUGUGGACUCGCCUACCGAGUGUCUGAAGUUCAGCUGCACUCAUUCAGACGCGACGUUUGCUGGAAUCCUCUCUCUUAUCAUGUUUCUCAGUGUGCUGCUGGUGGGGAUGGCUGUGUGGUGGUGGAGAGAGGAGUUCAGGCCGUCCACAUCUCUCACGGAGCAGAGCUUCUCCCUCAAAGAGUCCCAGGACCCGCUCAUCACCCAAGGGCCACAUGCAGCUCAAGGAAACUCUGCUUAAGCUGGACUUGGAUGUUAAAUGAAGACUGUGUGGCACGGAUGGCCACCAGACUUCCCGACUUCACCCGGUGCCGCCUGUACCCCGCGCACUGACGUCAGGUCUGCCGGUAAAAACAAAAACAAAAGAAAUGACAUGCUGGUAAAUAACGUUGGUAAAUGAGUUCAGGUGGCUUUCAAACUAACUUCUGUUUCGAAGAAGCUUUAGUUUGAACGUUGGUGCCUUCAGUUGUUGUUUGAUAAAUGAGGAUUUUUGUUUAUUCUUUUGAGCAAUAAUUUCACAUUUUUGCGAGUAAGCGCAAUUACGCCUUGUUUUACGAAGCCUUCUUUGAGCUAUCUACCACAGCAGACUACUAUGACUAUGUUCUAACUAUAUUACUUUUUUUUUUACUCUGUCUUUGGCAUGUUGCAACUUCUGCUUUAAUCCCACGGGUUAUAACUCUGUUUGUCUUCCUUUUUAUUGGUUGCCUUGCCCUUUGCCUGCAGCGAAUCUGGGGCAGGGUAUGCACACAACCGGCAGGAAAAUGUAAUACAAAGUCAGAAGCCGGCAGUGAGUUUAGUGUUUCAGCAUUAAUGCUCCUGUGACCUCUAUUUUUUUGCAGUCCAAAAGGUUUACUUGAAGUGGCCUUUAAAAAGUUCAGGCAAUAGAACAAUACUGGUUCUCAAGGGGGACUGCACAUCUGGAAUUGUGUCAUUGUAGCGCUCUUGGAUAAAGCAUUAAUCAUUAAUCUAAUGCUAAAUAUGUCCGCUUUGUUGAACCCAGACCAAGCUGUUUUUUGUCUUAUUCGGCAAAUAAGCUGGCACUGCAAUGGGUAACCAUGUGUUUCGUUUUCGUUUGUUGAAUUUGUCCCUGAGGUUUGGUUUUUGCUCUGUAGCACGGAGCCUGUGUGUGAAUGUUUGCUUGAUCAAUCUGCCCGUUGACUCAGUGGUUGUUUUUUUUUUUUUUUUUCCGACUUAUUUAAAUCAAUCUGCCGGAGAUAAUUCUGUGCUCAAACCGCUGAAUUGUGUGGUAUUUAUUUAUAACAAAGGGUUUUAUUUAUUUUCGAUCAGCAUCACAUCGUGUAAUCUUUUAGUUGCACAAGGGGUAGAAAAUGUUAAAUACUGUAAAUUUUAAUAAAAUUAAGUAUUUUCAUUG